AAAAACACAACCCCAUAAGAAAUUAGGGGUUUUCUCCUCCAUUUUCUACCGCCGAAUUAGGGCUUAAGCUCCGCCAUCAGAAACCGCAAAAAUGGUGAAAGGUCGUCAAGGUGAGCGCGUCAGACUCUACGUCCGAGGAUCAAUUCAAGGCUACAAGAGGUCGAAAGUGAACCAGUACCCAAACACAUCUUUGGUUCAGAUCGAAGGAGUGAAUACACAAGAAGAAGUAGCAUGGUAUUUGGGAAAGAGGAUUGCUUACAUUUACAAGGCUGAGACUAAGAAGAAUGGGUCCCACUAUCGUUGCAUUUGGGGCAAGGUUUGUAGGCCUCAUGGUAACAGUGGUGUUGUUCGUGCUAAGUUCACCUCCAACCUACCUCCUAAGUCUAUGGGUGACAAAGUCAGGGUUAUGAUGUAUCCCAGCAACAUCUAAGAAGAAGCUAGAAAUUCAAGAUAGGAAUCGUCGGAGGAGAGCUAUUCACCUGAAUUUCACUACCAAUAUUCAGUCGUCUUAUCUUUUAGAUAGGAAGAUAGUUCUGUAUUUUGGCCAUUAUGUUUGAAUUUGGAUGAUUUAUUUGGUUCUGAACCUGAAGUUUUGGAUUCAAUUUUGUAUGUUAAAAGAGUAUACUGUUUGUUUGGUCUGAAAUUAGAAGAGUAAUUUGCUCAAGGUAACUACUCAAAGACUAUCAGAGAUGUUCUUGGA